GUGCGGAGAACCUGGGCUGGUCACUUCUCCCAUCUGUACAACGGGAUGAUCACAACCUCCGCCUCGCUGGGCUGCUGGGAGAAUUCCAUGAGGGAGUCUUUGCGAAGGGCUUCUUGGAGGACCUGCGGGAGGAGACUGCCACAGAAAAGAUGGGAAAAGGUUUCAAGGUUGUGGUUUGUGGGGCUAUAUCUGUGGGGAAAACUGCAAUACUGGAGCAGCUUCUUUAUGGAAAUCACGUUAUUGGUUUGGAAGACAACCACACCAUGGAAGAUGUCUACGUGGCAUCCGUUGAAACUGAUCGAGGGGUAAAGGAACAGCUGCGCCUUUAUGACACACGGGGUGUGCAAGACGGGAUGGACCUGCCAAGGCACUAUAUCUCUUUUGCUGAUGGGUUUGUGCUGGUCUACAGUGUGAUUGACAUGGAGUCCUUCCGGAGAGUAGAGAUCAUUAAAAAGGAAAUCGAUAAGCUCAAAGACAAAAAAGAGGUAACAAUUGUGAUCUUGGGAAACAAAAGUGACUUAUCUGAGCAAAGGCAAGUAGAUAGCGACAUGGCCCAGUACUGGGCGAAGAUUGAGAAAGUGAGGCUGUGGGAGGUGACCGUCACUGAUCGGAAAACACUGAUGGAACCCUUCAUUUUUUUAGCCAGUAAACUCACCCAGCCCCCCAGCAAAUCCUUCCCCCUGCCUGGAAGGAAGAAAGGGAAUAUUGUUCCAGAGAAUUAGACAAUAUCACAGUAAAUGUCAACUAGGAAAACCACUUGCUGGGUUGUGAUAUUGGCCCGAUUCUAGACUUUCUGGAUUCAAAAUAAUAAGCUAUUGCCUAGAACAUCUAGAACAUUUUUUUCUUUAGGAAACAGGUCUCUAAAAGCACUUUAUAUCCUUUAUGUUAUAAUUUAUCAGGUGGGUUGGGGGAGGAUAAAGGGAAAGAGAUUGCCCAUGGUCUCAUGUGAAGUCGUUACAUAUGCUGUAAAUACCCUUUUCACUUGAAAAGCAAUGGUUUUUUAAUGCUAUUGUACUUGUGUUAAAGACUAAAAAUAAAAUUUGGGUGGCAUCGAUGCAGUCA